ACGUGGUUGAGCGCAACAGCCAAUCAACACUCGAGGGGGUGUGGCUUCAGAAAGCGUCGCCACCAUCCAGCCAUCAUGCUAGGCUAGCCGGAGUAGCCCAGUCCAGUGCUAACCACCAGCUAACUCACAUUGUGACCCAUGUAGAACACAUUCAGCCACGGGGGGAUAACGGUUUGAUCGAUUCAAGGACCGAAUGGAUGAAAGGAGCGAUGUGCACUUGAGGUGUAUCGUUUUAUUCCACCAAAGGACCUCCGUGAACAGCCCCCUCGGCUAGGACCCGGGCUACCUCGGCUAGCCGCACACACCGCUUGCUACUAUCACGACCAACACAGCAGCAGACACACGGGACCAGCCGCCACACACGCCGGGGAUAGUGCGUCAUCACUCCUUCCCAGGGCCAUGGAAAAGGCUGACUUUUUGAAAGGGCUUCCUGUCUACAACAAGAGUAACUUCAGCCGAUUCCAUGCAGACUCCGUUUGCAAAGCCUCUAACCGGAGGCCGUCAGUCUACCUGCCCACCCGUGAAUACCCCUCAGAACAGAUUAUUGUGACAGAGAAAACCAACAUCCUUCUGCGAUAUCUUCAUCAGCAGUGGGACAAAAAGAAUGCCGCCAAGAAGCGAGAACAGGACCAGGGGGAGGGAGACAGUCCUGCGCCGCCCAGGAAGAUCGCCAGGACAGACAGCCAAGAGAUGAAUGAGGACUCAUAAGUGUGUGUGUCUGUGUGACUGUGUGUUUGUUCGUCUGUCUACAGGGCAUAGCCUACAUAAAUGACAACUGGUCCCCGGUUUAGCGCUGUUGUUUCUGUAUUUGCGGUGUACAUGUCCCAGCAUGGAGCCGUCCCUUGUUAGAGCUAGGCUCCGCCCACUCGGUGCUCAUUGAUACUCGUCCCGGUCUGAUGAUGAUGAUGGUGGUGAACAGGACUACGGCGUGUGAACGCCUUAACCCAAGGAGGACGCUGACGCCGUAACCAUUAGGCACCGAGUGCUCGACCAGUGGUUUAACCAUUCACCGAAUUAGAAACGAUCCAAAUUGAUAUCGCCCCCUUCUCAAAGUUCAAAAGAAGUCUUACGAAUGAGCCGAUUGUGUGACAUGACGUGUACAGUGCAACGUGGGGAUGUCCGGUGAACCCCUGACCAGCUCUUAACCAGUAGAGCUCUUCACGGCUUUGCUGGUUUUUGCGUCGUUUUUUUUUUUAUUCUUUGUAAAUGUCUAAUGUGCAGUGGUUUGCCUGCAUGAGUUGUAACUAUGUAAGUAUGUAUCAAGUGGAAGGAAAUGCUGAAAGCAUCUGGAACCGCGAGAGACAGACUCGACCCCCAGUUAACUUCAGAAUUAACACUGUAAUUAAAAACCUCCAGUGCUGGAUAGCAAAACCUAUACUGUCAAACAUUACUGGAAAGAGUCUGUCGAGAUUUUUUGAAGCCAGGUGUUUUAAUUCUUUCAUCUGAUUGAGGCUAUUGGUGUUUGGCUCUGAGCUUCCUGCCAGCCCUGGUGCCCCACCUUGUGGAGGGAGGGGGCACUACCACAUAUAUCCUUACCAUUCAAUAUAAAAGACCCAAGAUUGCACUGUGAAGAACGGCACACAACAUUGGAGAUUGCUCGUUGGCGUUUUAUUAUUUUAAACUUGGAAUAUAAAAUAUGCAUCUACGUUUUCCUUUGGUCAAUGUUUUGUUUUGGGAUUUUGGAGGAAUUCUGAAGCUACCCCCCUUUUAGCUCAUGUCUUAACACAAGUGGGGAUGGGCCAAGGUUCCUCCAAAAGGUGUGUGGUCUAACAGAUUCAGUUCUUCACCCGUUUUCUUUUAGCAUUAAAGUUACAGUGACGCUGAAUCUGAAUCUCUGAUUGCACAAUGAGGCACUGCACAGGUGGUUGAGACUUAAGAACCCAUGUUAGGGUCAGAGUGUAGAUGGGGGGGGGGGGGGGGAUUCAUGAGGACAGAUGAAUAAGGGCCAGAGCCAGAAGUAGUUUCUCAAGUUAAACAUUGUUUCUGCCUUCGAUGUCAAACGUUUCGUGCCCGUGGACAUUUCUGGCAACGCUUUGUGUUUUGUUACCGGCAAGUCUUUACAAAAGUUUUGUAACGGGCCGUUCCCCCGGCCAGGGUCUUAUGACGGCUGUCUGCUGCCAUUCUCUACUCUGCUCUUCCGACAGGGCGAGUACACAGUGAUUACACAUCUGUAUACAUGCCACGGUUAAUCAAAGAGGCUGAUGCCCCAUCUGUUGGCAGGCAGAGACUGAGCUGGCGGAGUGAGGCUUACAGUAGACGGAUCCCGGGUGUUUAAGGGUAUUACAAUUAUAGGAAUCGCCCUGGAGUGCAUAAAUGAAGCAUUUGUGCAUUUGAGUGCACUAAUUGAUGUCACAGACAGACGGUACAACCCCUCUUUUUUCUAAUCUAAUUAACACUGCCCAGCAAAUGAACUGCGACGCCACCUCUCCUGUCUUACAGCCGUAGACGCUGCGAUGUGGGUUGGCGCCGUGGUCUCUCAUCUUCCUCCUAAUAACCAUGCAAUAUAAACACGUGUCUGAUCCUAAAGCCUAGAACCAUGUCAGGCUUCUGCUUCUUCGUUAGACUGUUCUGCGACUCCUUAGGCUGUGCCUCAUGUUAUUUACUAGGAAUGGACGUAUUCCUUUAAGCUUUGCUGCAAUAAAUAUGGAUUGAAAUUAA